GUCGAGACGAGUGGCAUGUCGGGGUGUUGGAUGCAAUGCGAUGAUCCUGCGUGUGCCAUCGGUGGUGGCAACGUGGCGGUGCCAAACGGUGGAGGAACGGGCAGAGGGGACGGUUGGCACAGGGGGUCGAGGCACUGGAACACGUCAACCGUUUUUUCGUUGGUCGUGGUGUACACUUGGCCGGGAAAGUUGGGCUGGUGCGACUGCAUCGUGAUCGAUUGGGUCUGGGAGAAUUGCACAUAUUGAUGAGGAUGCGACGCGGCACCUGGCGUCGUCCCCGCGACUUGCUGGCCGAACGAAAACGUGGCUUCAGUUGGAAACAAGUGCGUCGGAGCAUGGUGAUCAUGCUUGCUGUUCCAAGCACCUCCGUGCAUGUUGUUUGCGGCAACGAACAAAGGCCGCCCAUGGUCAUUGACGUGCGGCGGAAGGCUCGGGUUGAAGACGGUCGUUUGGGUGAAGCCAUUUCCAAUCGUCGAGCUGAUCGACACGUGGUUCGUCUUCGAAUCUUUGAUGGAAAAGCUGUUCAUGAGGUGCAGCGCUUGGGAAAUCAUCAUAUCUUCGAGCUCUUCCGAGCCCGACGAGACAAGUCGAAGCGCCGGGACUUCAGGGGGGCUGUCGUCUUGGGAGCUGUCGCUUGCAGAAUUUGUGUCAGGGGUCCCGUGCUUGAAAACAUUCACUUGAUUUGCCGAGAUUCGAAUGGUUGCAUUAGCAGCGGUCGGUUCCGACGAGACCACACAAGAGGUUUGCCCUCGAGGAGAGUCACAUGCCCCCGGUACCUCGGGCGACGAGCCUUCCGAUAUCGAUGGCCCUUGCGGUGAAAUAUGGAUUUCUUUGUGGAAAUGGGCAAUGCGGGGGCUUCUAUUUGAAUCACUAAAUCCUGAAUGUUUGGGGGAGUGGACGGCCGGGGUUUGCAUGUCCAUGGACAGCUUCUUCCGAUCGACACUUGACACGUCCCUUCUUUCAACUUCGCAUUCAACUUGGUUGAGAUCCGUGGCGUCCGUAGCGUUGCGAGCACCGGUAGGUACAUGGGACAAUUCUUUGGGUCGAGAAUUGCGAAUGUUUUCAAAUUCUCGGAGGAUCGAGUCGUUCUGCAGCACCAUGUCUUCUAGAAGUCUUUGGUUCUCUGACGCUUGGUGCAUCAGCUGGUCCAACAACCCUCCAGAAACCGUGAUGUCCUUGGUCGCAACUUCGCAUGGACUACGCUGUUUCAAUCCGUCCCCAUUGGCAACGGGCGUGGGUUCCACUGGAGGGAAAUGAGCAUAUCGAGAAGGAAACUGAGCCACAGGCGACGCAUCGACGGGAUUGAGCCAUUUGUCAUGGGCGCCACCAACCGCACUAGGACGAGUAACUGGAUGACCCAUCAGUCGGUUGUCCUCCAUCGCGAGAGUGUGUUGGGGCGAAUACUGCACAGAAAAGUCGCAACUGACUGUGACACUCUCUGUAGAGAUCUUAGCUUGUCGUCUUGUGUUGGGCAAUAUCGUAGCGCUGUCAAAUACGGGCAGUUUGUCCGUUCUUCCAGACAGCGCGUAGUUGAUGUGGGCUUGGGCAUUAUCGAACUGCUCCGUCCUCGGUGACGAAGGUAGCAAGUCAAUGAUUGUGAAUCUGCCUUUUUGUUCCAUCUUUCCCUGGCGGAUUCGAACAUGUUGUGGUCCAUUCUGGCUCACCGACUGCAAGGGCUGCCCCGGGACCCCUACCAGCGCUUGCAUCCCAUGGGGUUCCACGUUUCUCGGGCUAAACAAUGCUUCUGGCUCGUCAGGAGCGUCCGUCACGAUGAAUCGCGUUGGCUUCUUCUUCUCCACGGUGGUAUUGCAUAAGGGGUCACCGGUCGUCGAAGAUGGCGCCAAGGGCACCACGUCAUCCGACUCCUGUCGUCGCAUGUCAACAGCCACUCCG